AUGAUGAGUAGCGUUUGCGCCGAUAAGCAACAGAAGUUGCACCAGCUCUACCACCACCACCACAACCUCACCAAAAAGCCCUCUCCCCUCCGCGACCUCGACAUCCCUCCCCGCAAGCUCCGCCACCACGACCACCACGACCCCGACGGCGCCGCCGCCGCCGCCGCCGCCUUCUCCAAGUUCCUCCCCGCCGCCGGCUCCGGCUCCGACUCCGACGACUCGGACGAUGACCCCUACUCGUCUGACCACUUCCGUAUGUUCGAGUUCAAGGUCCGCAAGUGCAGCCGCAGCCGCAGCCACGACUGGACCGACUGCCCCUUCGCCCACCCCGGCGAGAAGGCCCGCCGCCGCGACCCCCGCCGCUUCCGCUACUCCGGCACCGUCUGCCCCGACUUCCGCAAGGGCACCUGCCCACGCGCCGACUCCUGCGAGUUCUCCCACGGCGUCUUCGAGUGCUGGCUCCACCCUUCCCGCUACCGGACAGAAGCCUGCAAGGACGGCAAGAACUGCAAGCGUAAAGUCUGCUUCUUCGCCCACUCUUCCCGCCAACUCCGCAUAGUUCCGGCAGAUCUCGAAUCCGACGACUCGCCCACCAGAACAUCCUCCGACAACAACCACUGCUGCCCCUUGUGCCACUCCGUGGCCGCCGCCGCCGUGGCUGCGGCGGCAGCAGCCGCCGCCUCCCCGAACUCCACCCUCAUCCCCCACGCCUCGCCGCCGCCGUCCCCGCCGGCGACCUUCUCGCCGGAGAUCUCCCGCUUCCACGGGCUCGAGGGGAUGAGGUACAAGGAGGCGCUGGCAGAGGUCAUGGCCGCGUUCGAGGCCAUGAAUCCGGCGGCGGCCGACCUUCCUCCGCCGGCCUCCGGCGGCUUGCCGUGGCUGGAUGUGAACUUCGAUCAGGAGCAGUCGCAGUUCGCGAUGUCGCCGGGUUCGGGUCGGGCCCGUCCCGGUCCUGGCCCGACGAAGUUCUCUUCUUCCUUCGCGGGAAGGAAUCUGAUGGAGGGCGAGGGUGGUUCGACUUCGGGCGGGCCGGAUCUGGAUUGGGUGAAUGAUUUGCUCACUUAA